GCGGCCGCUGAUUGGCCGCGGCGGGUUGAAUGUAAGAUGGCGCCCAGGGAGCUGUGAGGGGAGAACCAGACGCGGGGCCUGAGGUGGCGAAGGCGACGGCGGCGCGAGGGCCGGGGGAAUCCUGAGGACCUUGCAAUAUGAAUAAUUCCUUGGAGAACACCAUUUCCUUUGAAGAAUACAUCCGUGUAAAAGCAAGAACAAUCCCCCAACAUAGGAUGAAGGAGUUCCUGGACUCCCUUGCCUCCAAAGGCCCUGAAGCACUGCAGGAAUUUCAGCAGACAGCUGCUACCACUACCAUGGUUUAUCAGCAAGGCGGAAACUGUAUUUAUACAGAUAGCACAGAAGUGGCCGGAUCUUUGCUUGAACUUGCUUGUCCCGUUACAACAAGUGUCCAGCAGCAAACCCAGCAAGAACAGCAAAUACAGGUGCAACAACCCCAGCAAGUUCAGGUGCAAGUUCAGGUUCAACAGUCCCCUCAGCAAGUCUCCACUCAACAGCUCUCCCCUCAGCUCACUGUUCACCAAGCCUCAGAACAGCCAAUACAGGUCCAGGUGCAGAUCCAGCCACAGCAACAGACAUCCCAGACAAUACAGGGUCAAGCACUUCAGAGUCCCAGUCCGUCUCAGUUGCAAGCGGCUCAGAUCCAAGUACAGCAUGUGCAGACUGCUCAGCAGAUCCAGGGUGCAGAGAUACAGGAAGAACACAUACAGCACCAGCAGAUCCAGGCGCAGCUUGUGGCAGGACAGGCUAUUGCUGGGGGCCAGCAAAUCCAGAUCCAGACAGUUGGAGCCCUUUCUCCUCCGCCGCCUCAGCAAGGCUCACCACGGGAAGGCGAGCGGAGGAUCAGCACCGCCAGUGUCCUCCAGCCAGUGAAGAAGCGCAAAGUGGAUAUGCCUAUUACUGUGUCAUAUGCUAUUUCAGGGCAACCAGUUGCCACAGUCCUGGCUAUCCCCCAGGGCCAGCAGCAGAGUUAUGUAUCCUUAAGGCCGGACUUGUUAACGGUGGAUAGUGCCCACCUCUAUAGUGCCACUGGGACCAUAACCAGCCCCACUGGGGAGACUUGGACCAUCCCUGUUUACUCUGCACAGCCACGUGGUGAUCUUCAGCAGCAAAACAUCACCCAUAUUGCUAUCCCCCAGGAGGCCUACAAUGCUGUCCAUGUGAGUGGCUCCCCAACAGCGUUGGCCACUGUCAAGCUGGAAGAUGAUAAGGAUAAGAUGGUAGGAGGUGCAUCAAUAGUGAAAAACUCUCAUGAGGAAGUGGUGCAAACUCUUGCCAAUUCCCUUUUCCCAGCACAGUUUAUGAAUGGCAAUAUCCACAUUCCAGUGGCAGUGCAAGCUGUGGCAGGGACCUACCAGAAUACAGCCCAGACAGUUCAUAUAUGGGACCCACAACAGCAGCAACCCACACCUCAAGAGCAGGGGCAGCAGCAGCAGCAACAACAACAGCAGUUGCAAGUCACUUGCUCUGCUCAAACUGUCCAGGUUGCUGAAGUGGAGCAACAGCCGCAGCCGCAGCCUUCCCCUGAACUCCUCCUUCCACAGUCCCUGAAGCCAGAGGAAGGGCUAGAAGUGUGGAAGAGCUGGGCACAGACUAAAAAUGCAGAGCUGGAGAAGGAGGCUCAGAACAGGCUUGCACCUAUUGGCAGACGUCAGCUGUUGAGAUUCCAGGAAGAUCUCAUAUCAUCAGCUGUAGCAGAAUUGAAUUAUGGACUGUGCUUAAUGAGUCGUGAAGCUCGUAAUAGCGAAGGCGAGCCAUACGAUCCAGAUGUUUUGUACUAUAUCUUCCUGUGUAUUCAGAAGUAUCUAUUUGAAAAUGGACGAGUUGAUGACAUCUUCUCUGAUCUCUACUAUAUACGGUUCACUGAGUGGUUACAUGAAGUUCUCAAGGAUGUCCAGCCCCGGGUCACUCCUCUUGGCUAUGUUCUUCCAAGCCAUGUGACUGAAGAGAUGUUGUGGGAGUGCAAGCAACUGGGCGCUCACUCCCCUGCCACCUUGCUCACUACGCUUAUGUUUUUCAACACAAAAUACUUUUUGUUAAAAACAGUGGACCAGCACAUGAAGUUGGCCUUUUCAAAAGUCUUGAGGCAGACUAAGAAGAACCCUUCCAAUCCCAAGGAUAAGAGUACAAGCAUCCGGUAUCUGAAGGCACUUGGUAUACACCAGGCUGGCCAGAAAGUUACUGAUGACAUGUACGCAGAACAGACCGAGAACCCUGAGAACCCUUUAAGGUGUCCUAUAAAGCUCUAUGACUUCUACCUCUUCAAAUGUCCCCAGAGUGUGAAAGGCCGGAAUGACACCUUCUAUUUGACCCCUGAACCCGUGGUGGCUCCCAACAGCCCAAUUUGGUAUUCCAUCCAGCCAAUCAGCCGCGAGCAAAUGGAGCAGAUGCUCACCCGGAUUCUGGUGAUACGAGAGAUUCAGGAAGCGAUUGCUGUGGCAAAUGUCAGCACCAUGCACUAAGUGCAUCCCUUGCCAGCUCAUAAAAUGGGUGCAGGUGGGGUAGGGUGGGAAGAUAGGUUGCGAGGCCAGGAUCAGUUGUACAGCCUUUUACACUAAAGGAGAUGCCUAAGUUUUUUUUUAAUGGGUGUAGUUAGGAAGCCCUUUUAAGCUUCCUCUGUUUAAAAAGAGAACCUUUCUCAUUGUGUAUCUGGCCCAAAUGCAUCAGCCUUCUGGACACAUUGAGGGCUGUGUUCUCUCUCUGGGAGCUGUGAGGUGCUGUAGGUUGACUUUGGGUUUUUUUAUGAUGUGGGGGGAAAAAACAAAUUUAAUUGAGAGACUUGGCCUGGUGCGGCCACUCCUUUGGCGCUCAUGCACUUGGAAAGAGCAGAAAAUGAUCAAUAGAGAAGCAGUUUGCAGUUUCCUUGUGCUCACACUGACAUGUCUUGGAAGGGAGAGAAGACUGUCCUGCAAUUAUGAUUUAUAAGAAGAAAAAGAAGAAAAUUGAUUUCUAUUAAGACCUUAAAAGUGACAUUUUUAGAUGUUAAGUACAAGCUACCACAGUCCGUUCUCUUUCUUUCUUUCUCCCUCCCUCCCUCUCGAUCUUCUUUUUUUUCCCUUUCUUUUUUGGCCUGAUGUUGAGGCCUUAAAACCUUGAGGCUCCUGUGCCUGAUGGAAUUCUUGUAACAUACACUUGUGUAUCAUAUAAAGAUACCACCCUGUUUCUCUUAUGUAUUCUUACGCUAGUUGUUUAUUAAGAAUGACAAGCACGUCUUUUCAACA